CCUUGCCCCUCCUGUACUGGCCGAGACGACACGGCAGUCGCGUGGAGGCCUUCGAUGCAUCUUGCUUCCGGCCAGUCUGCGCCCUCGCAGCGGUUCCACUGUCAUCAUGGCCUGCGUGUCGCAGUUGGCGCAAAAUCGCCUCACUCCCGAAUCUACCCCCGACAGUAAUCCCGCCAGGACUGUGACUCGCACUCCCCUUAUAGAGCCCGCCACCCGCCCGCGACAAACAGACGGCCUAGGUGGAACCUUGUUGUGGAGUUGCGCCAGCUGCCCGUUUCCGCGAGCAUUGAUCCCUCCUGACCGCCUCACACACCGGAACCACAAGUACAACCACCCUCACCGCAACGCCCUUCUGGUCGCACAAAAACCCAGUCGUCCCGCCCGUUGUGCAUACUGCAGGAACAACCUGCCCCUAGUACGUCAGGAUGGCCGUAGGACUCGGUGAAACCAUUACAGUGAUCAACAAGAGCGGCAAGGUGGUGAGCAGUAGCAAGCACAUCUUUGGCGUCUUCAAGGAGGCCAAGGCUGCAUACCGCGAGCGCAAGGCUGAAAUUAAAGCUGAGCGCGAUGCCGCUGUCAAGGAGAAGGAACUCUCAAAGAGCAUAAAUGCUAUGCGCAUCGAUGACGACACCCGCUCCCAGACUUCCCAUCGCUCAAAGGCAUCCAAGUCUUCCAGGCGCCCUCCCCUAGAGCGCGGCCAUACCGAUGCUCCACGAAGCAGCCGCCAUCGCUUCGAGGCUGACCUCAAUGGCCAAGACUCACACGGAAAAGAGAUUGCGAGGAGGCAUUCCGACCAGCCCCGCGCCAAAACCGCCGACGUCGAUAUGGACCUCGCAUACGGCGAUGUGCCCCCACCCCUACCAGACACGCAGAUCGAGGAGCUCGAAUUGAAAGAAAAGGCCUCCAAGAUCGAAAUGCUUCUCGAUGAGGCAAACGCCCUCCAGUACACAGCCACCGCCAUCAUCGAGAACCUACAGAAGAACCCAGAGGCGCUAGCCGCCGUCUCGCUUACGCUAGCCGAGAUUAGCGCCCUCGUCACCAAAAUGGGACCUGGUGUUCUCAUGUCGCUCAAGGGCAGCUUUCCUGCAGUCGCUGCACUACUUCUCAGCCCUCAGUUUAUGAUUGCUGGAGGUGUUGCCGUGGGCGUUACUAUUGUCGCCCUCGGUGGGUACAAGAUCAUCAAGAAGAUCCAAACCCAAAACCAGUUCGACCCUCUCGAAGCCCCCGUGCAGCCCAUGAUUUCUCGUGCCGCUACUGCUCCCGCUGCCGUCCCCGCUGCCAUAGAAGAGCCCAGUAACGAGCUGGAUGAGCUUCAGCCGCAGGAACUCAGCCGCGUCGAGAAGUGGCGCCGUGGAAUUGCUGACAUCGAGGCCGAAAGCUGCGGUACCAGCGUCGAUGGCGAGUUCAUUACCCCCGGAGUAUCACGAGAGCUUUGCGACGCGGGUAUUCUUGAUGAAGAUGACCUCAAGUCGCGCCGCAGCACCAGGUCCAAGAGGACCACCACCAGCGAAUCACGACACAAGUCACAUCGUAGCAAGUCCAAGCCCUCUGAGUCCAAGUCCUCCGAGUCCAAGCGCGCUUCAAGUAAGGUUGGCAAGGAUAGCUCGAGCAAGGUUGGAAAAGACAGCUCGAGUAAGGUUGGAAAAGACAGCUCAAGCAAGGUCGGUAGGGAUAGCUCGAGUAAAGUUGGCAAGGACACCUCAAGUAAGAGCGGCAAAGAGAGCAGUAGGAAGAAGGAAAAGGAACCAUCCGGCUUGAAGAUGCUGUUCCGAUCCCACACGGUUGCCGCUUAGACGAACCCCACGACCCACACAGUACAAUUUCCUUUCUCAUCAUAGCGCGCGGCGUUCUUCUCAGCCUCUCAUCGCAACAGUCAGCAUUUAGCGUUUUUGGCUUUUUAGCCGUUGUAUACAUCUCAUAGGACGACGCUUCCGCUUCUCAAAGGGUUUUGUGAACCCUGUCGUUUACUUUGUUGGCUCCAACUGCGAGUCUACUCUUAUCCAUUUUACUUUUACAAUUUUCUGGGCGCAAAACGGAGGAACGAAUUAAUGCCUUAUUCAUGAUAUUUGCUACCGCGAAUUUCUUUUUACUACGAACAGUCCUCCUUUCAACGCACCGCGUGUCUUUAAUGUAAGCAUAACGUUAGUACAAAGAUUAUCUCAACAUUGUUACGUUUCUAUCUAGAAAUCUGAAAUUGGAAUCAUGUCUGCUUUGUGA